CCUAGGCUUAUGAGCCUGCCGGAGAAAAGGAACCUAAAUCUACUGCUACACAGAGAAGCGGAGCCUCCAUCUUGCGCUGCUCCGCGUUCUCCAUUUUGGGCCACCCAUGGGGGGGGGGGGUCUCCGUAGAGGCCCCGAGGGAGAGUUGGGCGAGGGAAGGAAGAGAAAAUCUUCAGCGAGGGUAGUCGAAAAGAAGAGCCCUGCGGUAGAAAGCCACUCUAGGAGUAGGAGCCCACUGGUCCCGUGUCCGAGAAAACGUGGUCUCCAGGGUCUAGGAGUCCUAAGGAACUGGACUACUAGGCUAGGCCGGGCGCUCGACCAAUUUGUUCGCCACUCUCGGGGCAGGGGAAGAGAUACGACCGAGCGAAGUGGAGGGAAAUCGAAAUUUGGGCAAAGGAGUGUGGGGGGACCCCGCCUCACCCGCGCAUCCACUGGCUUCCUGGGCGGGGGCAGCAGCGCAAAAUUGUUGAGAAUUUAGGUUACUUCGCAUCCUGCCUUCCCAACCCUCCCCCAAGAUGUUUGAAGUGCGAAAAGACCCUUUCUGCUCCUCCGACCCCUGUUAACUAAAAUAUUUGUCACCCUUAUUUUUUUUAUUUGUUUCGAAUCCAGUGUACUGGACCUUUGACCGCCAAGAGCUCUUUACUCGGGGGAGAAAAACUCGGGGAGGGCCUAUCCCAUCCAAAGCGCCGCUUUUUCCUUGGACAGGAAGAAGUGACCUAUUACAAUGUCUCCAUUGCUGUUAUAGAAGUUCGUAGAUUCAUAAA